UAGUCCCCCGCAGCUAUCCCCCGCCCCCAGCCUCUGUGGCCCUCACACUGUCAGACACUGGCCCCGGGCCACCCUCUGGACGCGAUCCCCCCCUAGGGCCUCCCUGGUCUGGGCCAAAGUUGGUGGCCACCUUCGCGCGGGCUGCGCCCUCCUUCUCUUCCCUGCCCUCCUCCUCCGGGGCCCGCGCCCGCUGCCUCCAGCACGCGCGUCGCCAGGCUCGGCAAGCGAAGCGGAGCGGCUCGCCCCAGGGCGCCCCUCGCCCAGCCUGCCGGCCAGGCGCGCGCGACGAGAGUCUCCCCGCACCCCUUCCUCUCCCGGGGGCCGAGAGGGUUGGGCUCCGCCCCGGCGCCGCAGCUCCCCACUCCCCGCCGCUCGGGCUGCCGCCGCUGCCCCGCGCCCAGCGCUCGGGGCAGCUGGGGGCGCAGGCGGCGAGCGCAGGGCGGGGAGCGGCGUGGGGAGCAGAGCGGCGCUGAGGGGAGGGCAGAGGAGGAGAGAGCCUGGCAGCGGAGGAGCAGAGGCGGGCGCCGCACCGCCCCGCAUGCUCGCUCGCUCGGGAGACUCGCGGGCGGCCGCUUGGGCGCACUUGCCGGGUCACCUUGUCCCGGAGGUCAAGUGUGAGCUUCACAAGAACACAGGCUUCUUCUGGCUGCUUCCCUGCCACCCCCAGCACUGAGAGCAGCGCCUACUGCAGGGAGAAAUGGGUUCCCUGAGACAAGUGUAACCUACAUGCCCAGCCCACCAGCCUGACGCCCAGCUGGGGAGAGAGUACCAUGGAUGGCAUCAUUGAACAGAAGAGCAUGCUGGUACACAGUAAAAUCAGUGAUGCUGGCAAGAGGAAUGGUUUAAUUAACACCAGAAACUUGAUGGCCGAGAGCAGAGAUGGUCUGGUGUCUGUUUACCCAGCGCCCCAGUACCAGAGCCACCGGGUGGGGGCCAGCACAGUGCCGGCCAGCCUGGACAGCAGCAGGAGUGAGCCGAUGCAGCAGCUGCUGGACCCCAACACCCUGCAGCAGUCAGUGGAGUCCCGCUACCGGCCCAACAUCAUCCUCUAUUCAGAGGGCGUGCUGCGCUCCUGGGGGGACGGUGUGGCCGCCGACUGCUGCGAGACCACCUUCAUUGAGGACCGGUCGCCCACCAAAGACAGCCUCGAGUACCCGGAUGGGAAGUUCAUUGACCUCUCAGCUGAUGACAUAAAAAUCCACACCUUGUCCUACGAUGUGGAGGAGGAGGAGGAGUUCCAGGAGCUGGAGAGCGACUACUCGAGCGACACAGAGAGUGAGGACAAUUUCCUCAUGAUGCCCCCGCGGGACCACCUGGGCCUCAGUGUCUUCUCCAUGCUCUGCUGCUUCUGGCCUCUGGGCAUCGCAGCCUUCUACUUGUCCCAUGAGGGCCUCUGAGAUAAGACAAGAUGUGGUGAGGCUGCCAGCUGCUGUGUGUGCUGUAUGGGAGCAAGCAAGCCUACUCUGCAAAUCAGAGAGAAAGCACCAUCCGCACCUGGACAGCCGCUCUCUGUCCUGCCGUCUCCCUGAACAGAGCUGCAUGCCCAGACUUGGUGCAGUCUCCUUGCUGGCCUCACAAUCAGCUUUCCAUGACACAGACCUGCCCGUGGACCCCAGCAUGGAACCAGGACUGGGCGAGGACUUGCCCUCAACCCACCCGUUGUGCCUAGCCAGACCUCAAGCCUCCUAUGUCCCCCAUUGCGGGUCCCAAAGCCACCCGCACCCCCUGCCUCAGCACCUCCACACAGAGGCUCUCCCUUCAUGCUUGCCCUCUUGACCGUGUGCCAGGAACCCCUGCUCAGCCCACACAGAGCCAGCUCCUGAGGCGUCUCCCAGAGCCCUUCUAGACUGACCGCCGCGCCCCUGCAGCUCUUCUCCUGCUACAGUGGGGACUUCAGGGAACAUUCCCAGCUUAAAUCAUGACACCCAAAGGACAAGGGCAUAAAUGGCAUAAAUGGGAUUUGGAGCCUGAAUUUUCUUAGUGUCUAGAGACAGAAGAGGAUGGUAAUCUAGGGCUUUGUGGGGAAGCGUGAAUGGAGAGGCCAUGCUGCCUCCCAGGUAGGGGAGAGAGGCUGUUACCAGUGCUGGGUGAGGCAGACCAUGGAGAGCACUCUGAUCGCCAGUGGGGUUGGGCAUCACUCUCAGAUCUUUUCUACUUUUUGACAGUAUCUCUCUCUGUUGCCCAGGUUGGAGUGCAAUGGCCCUAUCACGGCUCAUAGCAGCCUUGACCUCCGGGGCUCAAUUGAUCUCCUGCCUCAGCCUCCCAAGUAGCUGGGACUAUAGGCACACACCACCAUGCCCACCACACCUGGCUAAUUUUUAAAUUUUUUGUAGAGAUGGGGUCUCACUAUGUUGCUCAGGCUGGUCUUGAACUCUUGGGCUUAAAUGAUCCUCCCACCUCAACCUCCCAAAGUGCUGGGAUUACAGGCAUGAGCCACUGCACCCAGACUCACUCUGAGAUAUUAAUGUGCAUGAUUAGACUUUUCAGUAUUCAUGUAAUUUGUGGCUUGGUAAGGGAAUAUAAUAAAUAUACUUUUUUGUUUGUUUGUUUGACUGGUUGUUGUAAAGAGUGAAGUAGGGAGGCAACAACCAAGAAUAAAGGGAACUGGCUCAUCAGAGCACUUUCCCCAAACCUCCCGUUCUCCAGUGAAAACAGAAUCUGAGGGGAACUAACCUAAAGUUGCUAAUUUAAGACUCUGGAGUGAUCACAGCAAUAUAUUAAAUUAGAUCUUAGAAACUGAGACUAGGAAAAUCAAAAGAAGGAAGGAACGGAGGGAGGGAGGGAAGGGGAGGGAGAGGGGAAAGGAGGGAGGGAGUCAUAUGGGAGGAAUGAGCUAACGCUCCACACAGAUCCUUUUUGGAAGUUGUCAGGGUAUAAAUAAAACACAAAUACUAUUAAAGUGCUAAUUAUUGACAAAUUGUUGUCAAGCAGAAGUCCUGCUUCGCCUAUUUAAAUGCCUAGGCUAUACUUAAAAUGUUUAUAUGCAUAAAUUAAUGUAAUUGGUGAAUGGAGUAUGAAAUGAACAGAACUUAACAAUACCUUAUAGUUUGGACCAGGUGCAGGGAAACGUUCUCAAACGUCUGACUUGUCAAAUAUUUUAAAGCAGCGUUAUUGCUUUCAAGCAAUUCUGUUACCUUGCAAUUAACAAGCUUAUGUUUCAAAGGAGUUCUUUCAGUGGCCUACUUUAAUAAGUGAAAGCUAAUAUUUGAAAUUAACAGCCAAUUUGUACAUGUUUGUUGAAAUUCUUAAGGACAUUAGUAUCUUAAGUAGGUUAGGCAGCUUCCUUGCUAAUGUUUGAACAUCGAUGUAAUUGGUCCACACAGCAUUUUGUCCACCCUAAUAGCCUGCCUCUCCUGUGUGACAGUCUUCUAACGAUCCUCACAUUCCAACACCCAUGUGAAAUGAAAUGGGCCCAGGGAGGGGUGUUACUCCAAUGUUGCAGGAAACAGGGACUCUGAGAUUCAGAGAACCCCACCACCCACCUGAAAUCCCUAAGGGGGUGAUGAGCGAGACCUGGGUUCAGCCUGGGUCUUCCGACCCCAGGUUCUACUCUGUUACAGCUCCUCUAGCACCCAUCCAGAACCAAGCUCCUGACCCAACAAGAGAGGCCACCUCUCUCUAACUGCCAGGCCCCUCUGUGAAGACUGUAGGGCUUUGCGGGAGCCUGGGAGCACAAGGAACCCAUGCUGCACCCACUUCAUCCUCCCCAUGGACCCGGGGCCAGGCAGGCUUUUUUGGGGUCCAGAACUCACCCGGGUUCCUCCCCAAGUGGCCUCUCCUCACAGGCACAUUUUCAGAGGGGACACACACAGGUCCUCAGUUUAUCCCCACACUGCUGUCCCCGAAACAGGCGCCCAAUGGAAGGUCUGCACAGUCUUUCAUCUUCCACCUCCUCCUCUCAGCAUGCUGCUGCCGGAAGUUCUUAAUGUCCUCCUGCAGCUCAGAGAACGUGGGAUUCUUCCCCUCUCCCCUCCCCGCCCCACCUCCCCCACCCACCCCUCUCUGUAGAGGAAGGACCCCUAAGAGGUCCAGGGAAAUCAUUUAGCACAUCCACGAGCCUGGGUGGAAAAUUAGUUACAUCAUUAUUUUUAUCAACCUCUAGCUGAAAUUUAGCACUUCCUCCAAUUAGGAGUGUAAGCAACACACGGCAGAGUUUGUUGUGACUUUGCACCAGGAGAAAGCACAGAUGUCUUCACAUCACAUAACAGCUGUUGAUGGUAUUUUAAAAUAUUGUUUAUGCUCAUCACUACUUUAAAAAUGCAAACCCAAAUGUUAGUUAUUAUUUAGUGUCUUAAAGUAGCCCAUAUAUUUCUAUAUUGAUUAUGAUUUUUAAUAUUUCCAAAGCUCUAUUUCAAUAUAUUUCGUUCCUCUUUUAA